UGGAAGAUAAUAGUGGAAAUAACGGAUAACGUUAUUACUAUAAAAUAAUUUAUUAUUUAAAAAAAAAUUAAAUUAUUAUUAUUAUUAUUAAGAGGAACAAAGGCAGGGAAGAUUAGGGGUGGGAAAUGGGAAUUGCAAUUAAACGAUGCCGUUUAGGGCAAUGCCUUGUCCUAGUGAAAAGAUGCCUUUGUCAAAAUGAGCUCCAUAAAUAAAUCAGAUAUAAAGUGAGGACGGGAACAAAGCGACGCCGGCUCCUUUUUUGUCUCCGUCGUCAGCCACCACCGUAGCCAUUGAAGCAAGCAUGACCAGCUCCUCCGCCACCUCUCGCAAGGCACUUAGCAAAAUCGCUUGCAAUCGGCUCCAGAAAGAGCUUGUUGAGUGGCAGGUCAAUCCACCCGCCGGUUUCAAACACAAAGUCACCGACAAUCUUCAAAGGUGGGUCAUAGAAGUGCAUGGAGCUCCAGGAACUCUCUACGCUAACGAAUCUUACCAGCUUCAGGUUGAUUUUCCUGAGCAUUACCCCAUGGAAGCUCCACAGGUUAUUUUUCUGCAGCCGGCUCCUCUGCACCCUCAUAUUUAUAGCAAUGGUCAUAUUUGUCUAGAUAUUUUGUAUGAUUCUUGGUCCCCAGCCAUGACAGUUAGUUCUAUCUGCAUCAGCAUUCUCUCCAUGCUAUCAAGCUCAACUGUGAAGCAACGUCCUGAAGAUAAUGACCGUUAUGUGAGGAACUGCAGGAAUGGCAGAUCCCCCAAGGAGACCAGGUGGUGGUUCCAUGACGAUAAAGUCUAAUUUGCAGAGCAUAUUUUCCUUCGGUAGUUGUUCAAGAACACAGCUUAGGUGGCUUACUCUUCUUGAGUCUUAAAAAAAACCCUAAAAAAAAAAGGGCAUUCUGAAGGACUGGGAUUCAGUGCAAACACACAAUAGCUCUGGUGUAAAUUGGCAAUGCCUGGUAUUUGUAAAGGAAGAGAACAAUUUGUGCUUUUAGCUAUGUGUAAGGGAAACAAAACUCACUCAACUCUUUGUGGUUACUUCUGAUAAGUGAUGCCUGCUACACUGUAAGCUCGUGAA